AUGAUCUUCAGAGAACCUAACAAUUCUGAAGAGGGUCAGUACUGUUUUCCUAAUGUGAAUGACUCCUGCUAUAAAGAAUCUAGAUCACAGACGAUAAAGACAGCUCUGUACAUUUUAUUUUCAGGAGGAAUAAUAACAACAGUUGGUGGGAAUACAACAGUGAUUAUCUCAGUCGCAAACUUUAAGUAUCUGCAUACUCCUACAAAUUUCCUGAUCCUGUCUUUGGCUACUACAGACCUACUAGUGGGACUAAUUGUUAUGCCCUUUAGUAUGAUUCGAACAGUAGAAAGCUGCUGGUACUUUGGAGAUACAGCAUGUGUUCUUCAUUCGAGUUUUGACGUGUCUUUAACUACUAUUUCUAUUUUCCACCUGAUAUUCAUAGCUAUUGAUCGGUACUAUGCUAUUUGUGAUCCAUUACUUUAUUGUAGUAAAAUAAACAAUUUUGUGGCAGGGAUAUUCAUUGCAAUAAGUUGGAUUGUCCCAGGUGCAUAUACUUACAUCUCAUUGUAUUCUAAAAUAGGAACUGGAAUGGAAAAAUAUGUGUCAUCAGAUAUCUGCAAAGGUAAUUGUGAAGUUACAUUUAAUGCCAUAUGGGGAGUUCUAGACUCACUGCUAACAUUUUUUUUACCUUGUAUGGCAAUGCUAGCUAUUUAUGCAAAAAUAUUUUUUAUUGCUAGAAAACAUGCUAAAGCAAUUAAUGUUAUCAAAUUUAAUAAUGAUAAACAGAAAAUAAACAAUCCUUCUGAAACAACAGAUCAGAAGGCAACCAAAACAUUAGCUAUAGUUAUGGGUGUAUUUGUUCUUUCAUGGCUUCCUUUAGUCACUGAUGCAACAAUUGACCCUUAUGUUAAUUUUUCAACUCCUACUGCAGUUUCUGAUGCAUUAUUAUGGCUUGGAUAUUUUAACUCUGCAUGCAAUCCUAUUGUUUAUGCAUUUUUCUAUCCAUGGUUUCAGAGAGCCUUGAAACUUAUAGCAACAGGUAAUAUAUUUAGAACUAACUCUUCCAAUUUAAAUUUAUUUUCAAAUUUUAAAAUGGUUUAA